AUUGCGACAGUGCCGUAAACCAUGUCUGGUUUCCAGCUGGGUGUUCCAUGGAAACACAUUCACGUCUUACGUUUUGUUUAUAUGCCUGGGGAGCCAACAGCUACGGUCAGCUGGGACAGAGCCAUGUGGAGGACCAGUGCGUACCGCGGCUCUCCUUCCUGCCCUGCUCGGCUCUGCAGGGCAGGACGGUCCGUGUUGUGGACGGAGGAGGAGGUCAUUCUGUGGUUCUCACCGAGAGUGGAGAGGUGUUUGUUUGUGGACAGAAUGACAGAGGCCAGCUGGGACUUGGUCAUAGUACUAACGUCUUAACUCUUCAGCUCUGCCCCGUCUUGAAUCACAGAGUCGCAAAUGUAGCCUGCGGCUGGGAUUUUACACUUCUUCUCACCGAUUCUGGUCAACUAUUUGCAUGUGGUUCUAAUGCAUUUGGACAGUUGGGUGUUGGACAGACAGUCACACACUCUUCUGAGCUUCUAGCUGUUGAGGUUCUUAAAGAGCCAGUAGUGAGUGUAGCAGCAGGACUGAGACAUUCACUCGCCGUUAGUGCCUCGGGCUCCGUGUAUCAGUGGGGAACCGGUCUUUUUAAUCAUGCUAAGAGAGCGCUCAGUCCCCACCCUGUUCCGUCACAUCUGAACUCCAAACUUCCCUGUCCGGUACCAGGUCUCGGCCAGAGGAAAGCACAGCUUGUAACAGCAGGUUCAGCACACUGUGUGUGUUUAACAGAAGAAGGUGAAUUAUUCCUGUGGGGACGCAAUAAACAUGGCCAGCUGGCUACAGCGGAGCCCUUUCUGCCCUCUCCCACUCUGCUGAAUCGAUCUCUGCUGAAGGGAGAGAAGGUUAUGGGUGUGUGCAGCGGCUGGACGCACGUUGUUGCUCAAACAGAGAGAGGCAGAGUAUUCACAUGGGGGAGAGGCGAUUAUGGACAGCUUGGUCGAUCAGCCUCAGUCAGUGAGAACGAAGAGAUGUUGAUGGGAAUCAGGAAGGAUUGCAUCCCUCUUGAAGUUACAUCCCUCUAUGGAGCAACUCAGAUUGUAUGUGGAUCUGAACACAACCUUGCCAUUGUAGCUCUCUUUGCACAUAGUCAGAACAUCGAUCCGCAGUUGAAAACCUCAGCGGUAAAGCCAGUGGGAAAGGAAAGAUGAACGUUUGCAUCAACGCAUUGGGGCAUGGAGGCGACCCACUGCUGAGGUAAUAAGGAAACCAGGAUGGCUUUAGUAGCAUAUUGGGCCAGGUGUCUCUCACCAAUACACUGUAGGUUCUUAUUGGUAUUAUUCACCACUAUAACUAACCCCAACAGCCUUCACUCAAAAACCGUCCAUGUAUUUUACCAAAUACAAAAGUAGUGACCCAUAUCAUGCUCUGAUUGUUAAGAAUAGACGAAAAUAUUUUUAUUACACCACAAAUUGUGACAUUGAAUGACUUUGUUUUGUGACAAAAAUGUGCAAGAUCCUUAUGUUUUAGGAUUGCAAUGCUUAACAGAUCACUUUCUAUAAAAUUCAAACUAAUUUGUUCAUUAAAUUAGGAUAUCGAAUGUUUAAUUUAUUGCCGAGCAGGUAAAUAUAACCCAAUAUUUAAUUUAGGCCGGAAUUGCAAAAGAUUUGCUUUGUGAGAUUUAGAUCUAGUGAAUUUUCUGACAGAUCCAGCACCACAGGUGCCACGUCCUGCCGGAAAAUUUAAUCUGCACUUCUUUAAAGCUUGUCAGCUGAAGGUAGCAUGAGGCUCUAAAAGUUCCUGGUAGAAAAAUACUCUCACUUUGGACUCUAUAAAAGCCAGCAGAUGACAUGGCUCCCAAAUCAUCCCUGUCUGUUGAAACUUUACGUCCCUGUCAUCCCUGUCUGUUGAAACUUCACGUCCCUGUCAUCCCUGUCUGUUGUAAAUAUCCCUUUUAAAUGGGUAUUUAAGAAAACAGAUUUUCUUUUCUUUCAACUUUUCUAAUACACAACCUUCUGUGAAGAUCCAGUUUUUUUGUUAGACCUCUGUCGGCUUAUUUGCCCGACAUGUCUGUCUACUGGACAACUGUCUUGUAAGCAGUCCUUAUAAUUAUGAAGGACAAAACAUGGCUCAUUCUUCACAUUUUCUUUUUUAUUGGUCUUUUUUCCAGAAAUAAAUGCUUGAAAUAUAUGCAUCUGGAUGCAAUUAGUCUAUAUAAUAUGAGUUUCACUUUUUGGCUUCAGUUAAUAAAAUAAAUAACUAUUUAAUUUAUUGAGGUGCGCCCGUUUAUCUCAUGAGUCCUGCAUCAGGUCAAGCAGCACAGCAGUAGCAGAAGUUGCUAAAGAGUAUUUACAGAGUUUAAAAACCCUAAACUACCAGUAAACACUGUCAUAUAAAAUAGCAUUUGUUGGCUUUGUGACAAAUUUGUUCAAGUUAGACAACUCUGUGUUAGCUAGAGACCCCGGUCAAAUGAGAAGGAAAAUAAAUGUAUAAAGUUGGGGAAAGGCAAAGAAUGGUGGCUACAUAAAAAUCUCUGCUAUGACUGAGUCUCUUGUAAAGCUGUCUUGAAAUGCAUAAGAAUGACGAAGCUUAGGAAGCUUUUAAAUUCUUUUUUUUUCUUACAGUUACUGCAUUACAAUUAGCUUCUGGUUGAACAUGAUUUAUCAUGCAGUCCAUGCAAAUUAACAGUUUCAGUUCUGUUGAAAUUAAAUGUAUCCAUCACUGGCAUCAAAGGAAUUGUCAUAAUCUCCAUAUUGCAUUGGACAUUGUGAACAUUGCGUUCAAAUAUGUAUAUUUUUAAUGGCCACUCAGUUAACAUGGAGUCUUGUCUGGAUUGCACUUCUGCAUGAAAACGUCUCUACUUUGCAACACACAAAGCACUUGACAGUUGCCUUAACAGCUUUUGGAUAUGUUUCAAAGCAAUGAGUUAAUUUCCAGCACACUAUCAACAGAGGUUACAUCUCAUGAAAAAAAUAUAUAUAUUUUUACAAAAUUCAACAACAA